UUUAUUUUUUUAAAAAAUACUUCAGCCUGCAUGUAAGUUUGUUCACCAUGUGCUUGCAGUGCUAGUGGAGGCCAGAAGAGUCUGGUCCCCUGGAAUUGGAGUUACAGAUGGUUGUGAGCCACCGCGUGGAUGCUGGGAACCGAAUUGAGGUUGUCUUCAAGUACAAGUGCUAAGCCAUCUCCCAGCAUGCGGGCUAGUGCUUUCUAAGGCACUGCAUGCCGUGUCUCCUUGGUGCCAAGACAGCACCUGCCUUGCUGGGCACUGAGCCAGCUGGAUGUAGUCAGGGUCGGUAAAGAGACUUUGGAGUCGAUUUAGUUUCUACCGGUAUGCAGCUGCUCUUGCCUCCUGCGCAUCUAGACGGCUCUUGCUGCCAAUAAGAAGACUAGCUCCCAGCCCUCCAGUCUAGCAGGGCCUUGAGGAAUCCCCAAGGGGGCAGUGAAGCGCCGCUGUGUGUAGCCGGAGAAAUGGCGCGGUCCUUGGUCGCCAGCCCUGCCGGAUUCUCUGGAGGGAGCGGGCACACCUCUUCACCUUCGAAACCCACGGGCGUCCUGAACGUGAAGCAACUUCUCCGUUCGGCUGUCUCGCCGCCAACUUGGAUGCAUCGUGGGACAGUAGGUGAAUCGGUGCCAGGUGGGCUGUAGGAGAGGCUGACACUCUUGACCCUGGCACUGUAUGUGCUGGCCCAUUUGGAGAAGCUGAAAAAGGAUGUGAUGGGAGCUGAAGGACCUGCAAGUUCAGCUGCUUCCCCAGGCCAGCAAGGAUACUGGAGAUGAAAACAAGAAUAGACUAUUGGUUCCUGAUGCCUUUGACGCUAUCCUGAUGUGUUGUUUAUUUUAUGAUGGCUUCCGAGGUUGAAAAGACUCAUGCUCUACUCCAGUCUUGUAGCACUGAGUCUCUGAUUUCCAGCCUUGGCCUGGGAAUCUUUUGCCUAAUAGCCGAUAAGCUUCUUCAGUUUUCCACAGUUCAGCAAAAUGACUGGCUGCGUGCCCUGUCAGAUAACACAGUCCAUGGUGUCAUUGGCAUGUGGUCAUGGUCAAUAGUCAUUGGAAUUAAGAAGAAGACUGACUUGGGAGAAGUUCUUUUAGCUGGAUUUUUAGCCUCUGUUAUUGAUAUCGACCAUUUUUUUCUAGCUAGAUCUCUGUCUUUAAAGGCUGCACUGACUCUCCCUCGAAGGCCCUUCCUUCAUUGUUCCACUGUGAUACCCAUUGUGGUUCUGACUCUGAAGCUUGUUAUGCACCUUCUCAAGCCCAAAGACUCGUGGCGUUUUCUUCCCUGGAUGUUAUUUAUGUCCUGGACCUCACACCAUAUCCGAGAUGGGAUUCGCCAUGGCUUGUGGCUAUGCCCAUUUGGAAAAACUUCUCCUUUGCCCUUCUGGCUUUAUGUAGUAACCACAUCAUCUUUACCACAUAUGUGUUCAUUCCUCAUGUAUUUAGCAGGAACCAGACAAAUGAUGGCCUCAGAACAUGGAAUGCAUAUUGAUGUCUGAGGUAAUUGUAUGGCUCUGAGAGAAGAAAUAGCCCCCAUGGCGGUGAUGCAGGAUAGCCAGUACUAAAGUGAAAGCUUAAAGACACAGGUACUUUAUUGCUUGGUUUGUAUAAUUCUUGAGCCUUCUUGCUCAGGAGGCAUGCUUAAUACUUCUCUCAUAUGUAGCAGUCUAGUGCAGUCACAGAUUUGCAUUUAUUUCAUAAUAUAUUUGUACUGUUGCUUGUUUAUCUGACUUUACUAGUGGUUUGUUGGGUUAACAUCUAAUUAGUUGUCUGGGAGUAUACUUGUAAGAUCAGCCCAUUUCCUAAUUAAAAAGCUCAAGAUGUAGGAUUUAGGAUGACUAAUUUAAGGAACAUUAACAUUAUAUUUGGAUUCUGUUUUCCUGAUCCAUUGAAAUAGUAAAAUGGCCAAAAUAAAUAGGAUCAUGAAUAAGAUGUGGGUGGUGAGGGCUGACACAUACGAAAAUAUGGUGAUCCUGACUGAAAUUUUAAUUUAAAAGUGCUUUAUUGCUGGGUGUGGUGGCACACGCCUUUAAUCCCAGCACUCAGGAGGCAGAAGCAGGCAGAUCUCUAUG